AUGGGAAAGGGCGAUAAGAGAGGCAUCGCGCAGCGCAGCGACGCGGGCACGAAUCUGGUGGGGAAAUUCACUCAGAGUGUCAGAAGGAUCGUCCAGGACGUCAAGGACGAGGGAACCUCCAGUGGCCAGACGAAGGAGGAAGUGAUCGAGACGAACGAGAGGCUCAGAAUCGUGAGGAUGCGGCUAGAUGGAAGUUACGACACGGCCAAAAGAGCCCUGGUCACUCUGAUGCGCAAGUACACCGACAGCAAACAGAUACGGAACGUUUUCCAGCGGUACAACCAGCUGAAGCUCAUGAUAAAGGACGUGAUAAAAUUGGAGACCCAAUACUGGACCCUGGUGGACAUCCCUCGGCAGGAGAAGCAGGAAACGGUGCCGGCGUUCGUUCUGCGAGCCUGCGCCAUUAUGGAGAAAACGCACAAAAGCGGCGAAGGGGUGAAGACUACUGCGCGAUUGGCCGAAGAAGCGGAGAGCAAGAGGGACCGCAUAGAACGACUCGAAAAUAUGACCACGGCCCAGAUCGAGGCGGAGAACACCCAGAUGACCAACGAUCUGUAUAGGCUCCUGAAGAAGUACACGGGCCUCAGGAAUCUCAUCAGAGACUUGAAGGAGGAGUACAACAGCUCGAAGGUGUACCCGAUGUUUCCCCGCUACUCGAUCCUGAAAGACAUGAUCAAAGACAUUAUGCACAACCCGGACUACAUGGAGGUGUGUCACGAGGUGGACCUGGCAUAG